AUGAACCUGCUAUUAACUUUGGCUUCAGAAUGGGGAGAUGUGCUUGAUUCAAGUAAUUUGAAGGUGAUUCAUUUGAGUGGUGCCAUGACUAAUGAAAUUUAUCAAAUAAGCUGGCCAACAAAACUGGAAAAUUUUCCAAGAACGGUUUUGGUUAGGAUUUAUGGCGAAGGGGUUGAGCUUUUCUUCAACCGGGAUGAGGAAAUUAGAACUUUUAAAUGCAUGUCGACUCAUGGUCAUGGACCUAAGCUUCUUGGUCAAUUCAAGGAGGGGCGAGUCGAGGAGUUCAUUCAUGCCAGGACUCUAUCAGCUGCUGACCUUCGCAACCCUGAAAUUUCCGCUCUGAUAGCUGCAAAAAUGAAGGAAUUCCAUCAUCUUGAUAUGCCUGGAACAAAGAAUGUAGUCUUGUGGGACAGAAUGAGAAAUUGGCUUAGCGAGGCCAAGAGUUUAUGCUCCCCGGAACAUGUGAAGGAAUUUCACUUGGAUAAAUUGGAAAAGGAGAUCAACUUAUUGGAAAAGGCAUUAUCAGGUCACGACCAACAAAUUGGUUUUUGCCACAAUGAUCUGCAAUAUGGUAACAUAAUGAUUGAUGAUAAGGCAAAAUCUAUCACUCUAAUUGAUUAUGAGUAUGCCAGUUACAAUCCUAUUGCUUAUGAUCUUGCGAAUCACUUCUGUGAGAUGGCAGCGGAUUAUCACACUGAGACGCCUCAUAUCUUGGAUUAUAGCAAAUAUCCUGAUCAAGAUGAGCGUCUAAGAUUCAUACAUAAAUACCUUGGAUCUUCAGGCCAUCAACCCAGUGACACUGAAGUAAAGCAGUUCGCUGACGAUAUAGAGAAAUUCACUCUGGCAAGCCAUAUCUUCUGGGGAUUGUGGGGGUUAAUCUCAGCAUAUGUGAAUCAUAUCGAGUUUGAUUAUAUGGAAUAUGCAAGGCAAAGGUUUCAGCAGUACUGGUUGAAAAAGCCUGAAAUCUUGAACAACUCCAACUCCCUUGAUUGUGUAAAAAACAUAGGCAACGGUGAUACCCAAGAUAUGUACUGGUAA